AUGUUCACAACACCUACCCAACGGCUUUUAUCGCAUUUAUUGCCUACUGCUCAUUCCUCUCCUUCUUGUUGUCUUUGUGGUGAUGUUGAGGACAUUUAUCACUUGUUUUUUCGCUGUCCUGUCAAAUUUAUCUAUUGGGACCACCUUAUUCGAGAAUAUUUAUGGCCUGGCACUACUAUUGACCAUAUAUAUGAAGCUCUUAACUGCCUCAACUUUAGGAAAAUUCAAGUACUGACUUCGUGCCCUAUUUCUUCGCCUAUGCUCCUGAUCAUAGCAAUCUCUGAAGUGUGGAAGGCUCACUGGCUCCACGUCUUUCAUAAUGUUCCUUUUUCUCCUCUCGCUGUCUUCCGCUCAUGUCGAUUAGCAAUUCAACGCUGUCAUGAAGAAGACACUUUUGUCGACGAGUAA